UGAGCGCCCCGGCCUGCCCCCGUCGGCUCCCGCAGCGCUGCCCGGGGUCGGUGGGCGUCCGGGCCCCGAGCCAUGCCCUGGUCCGGCUGAGCCGCCCCCGGACGCCGCCCGGACCAUGGGGGCCGCCGCCAACCUGGCGCUGGCCGUCUUCCUCGUCUCCUGCUCGUCAGGUGCCAUCCUCGGCAGAUCAGAAACCCAAGAGUGCAUCUUCUACAAUGCUAAUUGGGAGAAAGAUAAAACCAAUCACAGUGGCCUGGAGCCAUGCUACGGUGAUAAAGAUAAAAGACGACACUGUUUUGCUACCUGGAAGAAUAUUUCCGGUUCAAUUGAAAAAGUGAAGCAAGGUUGUUGGCUGGAUGACGUUAACUGCUAUGACAGAACUGACUGUGUAGAGAAAAAGGACAGCCCUGAAGUGUUUUUCUGCUGCUGCGAAGGCAACAUGUGUAACGAAAGGUUCUUCUAUUUUCCAGAAAUGGAAGUCACACAACCUACUUCCAAUCCAGUCCCCCCCAAGCCCGCCCUGUUCAGUACCUUGCUUUACGCGCUGGUGCCCCUGAUGGGAAUCGCUGUGGCUAUCCUCUUUGCCUUUUGGAUAUAUAGGCAUCACAAGCUGGCCUAUCCUCCGGUGCUUGUCCCCACCCAAGACCCGGGACCCCCUCCUCCUUCCCCCUUGCUGGGUUUGAAGCCGCUGCAGCUGCUCGAGAUCAAGGCUCGGGGGAGAUUCGGUUGUGUCUGGAAAGCGCAGCUGCUUAAUGAAUACGUAGCGGUCAAAAUCUUUCCCAUCCAGGACAAACAGUCGUGGCAGAACGAGUAUGAGGUCUACAGCCUGCCCGGGAUGAAACACGAGAACAUCUUGCAGUUUAUCGGUGCCGAGAAAAGGGGCACCAGCAUCGACGUGGAUCUGUGGCUGAUCACGGCCUUUCACGAAAAGGGUUCGCUGACGGAUUUCCUCAAAGCUAAUGUGGUUUCCUGGAAUGAACUGUGUCACAUUGCAGAAACUAUGGCCCGAGGCUUGGCCUACCUUCACGAGGACAUACCGGGUCUCAAAGAUGGACACAAACCUGCCAUAUCCCACAGGGAUAUCAAAAGUAAAAACGUGCUGCUGAAAAACAACCUGACAGCCUGCAUCGCCGACUUCGGGCUGGCGCUCAAGUUUGAGGCCGGGAAGUCUGCGGGCGACACCCACGGACAGGUGGGGACGCGGCGGUACAUGGCCCCGGAGGUGCUGGAGGGCGCCAUCAACUUCCAGAGGGACGCCUUUCUGCGGAUAGACAUGUACGCCACGGGACUGGUGCUGUGGGAGCUGGCCUCCCGUUGCACCGCCGCGGACGGUCCCGUGGACGAGUACAUGCUGCCGUUCGAGGAGGAGAUCGGCCAGCACCCGUCCCUGGAAGACAUGCAGGAGGUGGUCGUGCACAAAAAGAAGCGGCCCGUUUUGAGGGAGUGCUGGCAGAAACACGCCGGGAUGGCCAUGCUCUGCGAGACGAUAGAGGAGUGCUGGGAUCACGACGCGGAAGCCCGGCUGUCGGCCGGCUGCGUGGAAGAACGGAUCAUCCAGAUGCAGAGACUCACAAGUAUCAUAACCACAGAGGACAUUGUGACAGUGGUCACCAUGGUGACAAACGUUGACUUUCCUCCCAAAGAGUCCAGCCUAUGAUAGGUGCGGCGGUCACCCCGCCUCCCCCACUUCCUCCUCGUUCUCCUCCUCCUCCUCCUCCUCCCGCCCCCCAGCCCAGCCCCGAGCGACGGACUCCCGGCCGCCUCCGCCGCCGGUUUUCCGGGGACCCCGAGGAGCGAGCCGACGUCUGGGGACGACGGUAAGGCGGCCGUCUCGCUCCGGCCCAGAUCCCGGCCCGGAUCCCGCGAUCCCGCGAUCCCCCUCCGCCCCCCGCCCCCCGGGCCCCCGCCGGAGACCCGCGGGACCCCGGGGCGCGCGGAGGAGGCGGCGGCGGCGGACUCCCGGGGGCCGCCGAGACGCACGCGAAGGAGACCGCCCUCCUAGGCGCUUGGAGAAAGCGAGGGUCUCGAAACUGACGUCGGGUUUCUUAACGUCUGUCGGAAGAGACUGAUUCCUUAAAUGAACUACUGCUAUUUUUUUUAAAUCAAAAACCAGAAAAAAGAAAGAAAAAAGUUUCAUUUCAGAUUUCGAAAAAGGGUAACUUGUUUUUAUUGCAUUUGCUGUUGUGUUUAUAUAAAUGACUCUUGUAAUGCCAAUAUGCCACAGCUUGUGAAUGUUUAGUGUGCUGCUGUUCUGUGUACAUAAACAACAAGUAAUCAGAGUGGGAUACAGUAAAGAGGCUUCCAAGCAUUACUCUAACCUCCCUCAACAAGGUAUACCUCAGUUCCACGGUUGCUAAAUUAUAAGGUUGAAAACACUAACAGAUUUGAAUAAUAAAUCGAUCCAUGUUUUGUAAUGACGUACUCCCAACGCACGGUGUUAUUUAAAGGCGGGGAACCGGCCGGGCCGCCUUCGGGAAACGACCGACGGCGAGGCGGCGCCCGCGCCUUUUUCCUCGCGGCGGCUCGUCGUGUCGCUUUGUUCCCGCAAGCGGCCGGGGCCCCUCCCCGGUUUUAGUCCUCCGGGCUUCGCGACCUCCCGCCGGUCCCCGCCGCCCCCACCCCCGGACCCUCGCGCGCCACGUUCGCUCACUUUACCCCGGGACCCUCGGGGUUUGCCGGGGUCGGAGAGGUGUCGGAAAACGCGGCCGGCCCCGGGGAAGCCGCGUGGGCCGGGAUUCCUCCCCCCCCCUCCCGCUCGGAGAUUCGCCGCCCUUCCUUCCGCCCCCGGCGCCGUCCCGUCCGCCGGACGCCUGCGACGCGUGCGAGGAGAGCCGAGGCCAGGGGGCUGUACUCGCCGGGAGGAUUUCGGAUCCUACCGCUUAAAAGAUAAUCGAAAUCAGGGACAGCUAACCGGUCACGCUUACGACUCGAAAUAUGCAAUCCCCAGCCCGAGGUAACCAGUGGAGCGUAGGUAGCUCAGCCUAGCGAAAACCACACCGUCACCCUGUCGAAGUCGCUCUCCCGACGGACGGACCCCCACCGCCGAUUUAGGACGUCGGGUUUUAGGACGUUGUCGUCGCCUUACACGCGCCGAAGCAGAGAGAACCGACGGGUGGGCGGGUGCCGACGCGCUCGGGAAAACUCACCGCCGCCCUGGGAAGAAGACGGUCGGACCACCGCGUCGCCCCGGCCCCAAAGGUCCGACGGAAUCGUCUCCUAAAACACCCUACGCGACCGAAUCGACAGCCAGUAUUAGACGAGCGUACGUUUUGUCGGGUCAUUUCUUAAAAAAAAAAAAAAAAAAAUCACGCGUUAGGUUUUUUAAAGGAAUUUUUUAUCGUCACGAUCAGGAACUCACUGUGAAUAAGUUAUCUUCAGCCGGUUCUUAGACCACACCGUACACUACAUUUUACAUAGAAUAUGCACUUAAUCUCUGGGAACAAUCAAGGUUAGGUAUUCGACGAAGAAGACGCCGGUCGACGGGACUCUCGAGGGGGAAGGCGAGGGCGGAGUCCGCGGGAACUCGCCUGGGAAUUCCGUCGCGCUUCCGCGGGCCCGACCCGGGCGGCGGAGCCUCCUCGCCGUCGGGAGCGGGGGGAUCGUCCGCUUCCGGGAGCGGUCGAGGGCGAUCUCUAAGGGCCCGCUCUCCCCGCCGAUGCCCCUUGGCCUCCGCGGGAGGGAAAAGCCGUUUUUUUUUUUUAAAAAAAAAAAAGAAAUCCGGGGUAUCGUACUUAUCGUAGCUAGCCGAUUUUACGACGUAUCCUUUGGAAGACGAUGUUGGUAGUCGGACCCUUUUUCUAACCAGUGACGUGAGAAUGGUGCAGUGACCCCGUCCCGAUACCUAGUCGUGUUACCGCUUCCUGCCGCGGGGCCGUCCGCGGGCCUCGGUUUACCGCCGCCGGAGAGGUGGGCGAGUCUGGGCCAGACGCCGGAGCCCGGGGGGGGGAGACGGGGCGGGUCCGGCGCCGAGAGAGAUGGCCGGUCCCGGCUCGGAUCGCCUCCUCUCGCGGACCCGGCGCUCCCCGCCGCCCUCCUCGGACCCCGCCUUCUCCCGGUCGACUCCCUCCCCGACCCGGAUCUCCGUAGGCGGAGGGCCGGCGGGGCGCGGAGGGUCGGGCGGAGGGUCAGCCCCGCCCGCGGCUCCUACGGUUUAGAUGCUUAGGCAGUUGUGAGCAUGUGAAGUGUGACUCCCCUCUGUACGUUUACUCUAGGUACCUUUCGAAUUCCACCCCGGAGACUGUACCUCCUCGUUGUCGCUCCUUGAAUUUGCACUCUCCUUCACGGCCGUAGGUGGGAAACGCAGAUCAGGAGAGACGUAGCCGAUCCGCGAACGCUCCUGGGAAUCCGAUCCUAAAAAUCCCCACGGCGUGGAUUUUUUUUCUUUUGGUUCUUUUCUUUCCCUCGUCGGUAAAGACGACUCUCCUGGGACAGGAACAAGCUUCGCGUCACCUUGAAAUGUAGUUGGGGACAAAAGGCCCACUUGGAGCUCUCUCUUCCCCCCCUCCCCCCACCCCCCUCCCCGAGUUCACUUCAGAAAAACGAACUGCUGAUGAUUAUUUUAGAGAAGACGGCUUCUCUAGACCCUCCCCGUUUCUCUUUUUUACCUUUUUAACGGAUUCCUUUUUAGGCACAUUUGGAAUAUCGCGCAUUAGAUCACUUACUCGUUUACGGGCAAACCGAUAAAGUAGCAUCUUUCGAUUGACCAUCGUUUACCUCAGAUAUCCAACCAGCAGUACGUUUUUAUGCAGUCUCGAUCCAUAUACUAUCUGUUACCUCUUCAGAAUCUUGGUAAGCAAUUAUUUUAGCUUUAUUCUCUGUAUUUCUUGUCAGUGUUUUGGGCACAGGAUACUGUACUACUGUCGAACUGUACUUGCUAUUUUUUUUCCCGCAAGUAUCAAAAUAAAAAAAAAAAAUGGAAAAAACAAAGAAAAAAAGGCCCUACCCUGGAAAAAAAGUGAUUGUUAAAUAUUGUACAAAUAAAAUGUAUGCUAUCCCCGCCCCCCAGAGUUAAAUAAAAAACAAGUGACUACUG